UUAUGGCACCAAGGAGGCCAAAGGUGUCUUGAAACUGUAUUUGGAUUCCAUUUCAGAUGCUAUCUCCAGUUACAUCUCCGUUGGCCCAGCUCAUUUGACAGUGACACACUUUAUUCAGACACCUGACGCCAUUGUUGUUAAUUGUUACAGCUUCCCAGAGUUAGUUAAGUCAGCUAAGUAUGCUAUCAGCAGAGAGAGGUGGUCUGCCGCUGAUUAAAACAAUAAUUGUCUUCAGGAACGGAGACGCUUUUUCCCCCGGAAGAAAGGUGGUUGUGAUUCCGCGGCAGGUGACCAACUUCGACAACUUCCUGGCCUCCCUGACCAGAGUGAUUGAGGCUCCCUUUGGCGCAGUCAGGAAGCUGUACACCCCAAGAGAGGGCCACAAAGUUCAGCGUUUGGACGACCUGAAGCAUGGACAUGUUUAUGUUGCUGCAGGAAAUGAGCAAUUCAAAACACUGGACUAUUGUGAAAUAACAACAAAGAAUUCACGGAGAAAGAAAACGCAGCAGAUCCGACCUGUUCAUCACAGCAGAAUUGUAGUUUCUGCUCGCUGGAGGAAAACAGCAGAUGAGUCCUGCACAAUAAAUGUCCUUACCAACGGAGAUGUUUUGGCUCCUCCAGUUCGAGUAUGCAUCCCAAAGUACACUCUUAAAAGCGGGGAAAAUGUUUUAGCCAUGGUGACAGAGAAAGUGCGUCUCCGCACUGGUGCUGUGCACAGGCUUUGCACUUUAGAUGGACGUCCUGUUUGUGGUCCGACUGAACUACGGAACAACCAUCACUAUGUUGCAGUAGGUGCAGAAAAGUUUAAAGCUCUCCCAUAUGAGCUGUGCAUCCCCGGCAGGGACUUAAUCAGGGAGAUAAGGAAGACCCAAAGCAAAGACAAACUGCCUGAUAUCAGAAAGACACGACAAGCCAAGGAUAUGUGUGCUCACACAGGCUUUGGAGAGGACCUCGAGCACACAGCCAGGGGCCACACGAAGAAACACGCAGCAAAGCCGGAGAGAACCAAAAAACAGGGGCAGGUGUCCAGGAACCCAGCGCCCCUCCCAUCAGGGGAGGGCAGCGUGUUCAAUAAAAGAAACAUAAGAAGUGAGAUGGAGGGAGCGAAAGAGGUGCUGGAAGACAGCCAGACGAAGGUGGACCUGCCGAUUGAUCAGGUUGAGGCCAAGACUGUAGACGAGGAGGAUGAGAGUUGCUGUGCGAGUCCCUGCAAGGCCUCUCUCCAUGAUUCAGACGCCCUUUGUCUGCAGAGGUCUUUGACUGCAGGUUCCAGGAAAGAUGAGGCUAAAGAGAGGGAGCUGUGCCCCGUCCUGCGCACAGUACGGUCACGGAUAUCCCGCCUUUUCAAGGGAGCAGAAAACAGGUGUGGGAGCAGGCGUGCAAGUCUGGGGGAGGCGGAGUCCUUGCUAACCCUUCUCCUCUAAUUGCCGUGGAUGCCAGUGUGCUCGCUAUCGGCUGCCUUUCAUAACAGUUGGUGUUUGGCAAGAGGCUUUUAUGUUUGUUUUAGCUGAUGCUUUGCUACUCAUUGUGUCUCUGUCAAAGGAAUACUUUUUGCAUCCUUAGUUGAACUGAAAUGUGUGUGUCCCCGAUGGAUGCGGAUACCAACUGCUCCAAGACACAUUUCCAGUCAAGCAGCAACUUUUGAAACUUCCAGCAACAAUCUGAUGUUGAUUUAGCAUCUUUCGGCAACUAUUUACAAGAAACUUCUGCACAUAGAGAAAGAGACAGAGGCACUGCAGCACAGCUGUGGGGAUUUAACAAUGUAUGAGCGGCCCUACAGAUCCACUAACUCCUUAGGCUUAGUCAUAUAGAGCUAGUUAUUUCCAUGUUGACGACAAAGAUAAUCAAAAAUUUCCCGCUUUAACACAUUUAAGUCUUAAAUCACUCUUAUCAUUCACUGAUAUAUUAUCUUGAGCUUUGUUCUGGAGUCAGAUCUAACAAAAACAAUGAUUUUUUUUGCUACACCUCAUUGAUAUGUUUCUCUCAUAACACCAGACAAUCUCUGCACUGAACUUGAAAUUUACUCCUCUGUCUGCACAUUCUCUCUGCCAGGCUCAUAUUCUAGUUCAUGUGGAGCCGUAUUUAUUGUCGCGGCUUAUUUAAAUAAUCACCGUCACGUCAGCGAACAUUAUGGCCCUCCGUCAAGGUAAUAACACAUUGUCAGUGCUGUUGGGAAGCAAAUAUUAAACCAUAGAUCAAUGUUUAACAAUGCAUAAUGGACUGGAUCUGCAUGUUCUCAAUUCCAUUUCAGUUGGCCUUUGGCUAUAUUAGAAUAAUUUAAUGCUCCAAAUAAUAUGAAAAAAGCUGUUGUUAUUAUUGCUUUUUUGAUGAAUAGUUAAGGGGAAUCAGUGUUACAUGUAUUAUAGAAUAUGAGGUUGUUUGCAUGUGACAGUUGUUUGACUAUGAUGUCAGGGAGCUCUCUGCCUGUGUAAAAACAGCAGGGUCACAAAAAGUGUGAAAAGCAAAAGCAAACUUUGUAUAAAUCAUU